AGUAUGGGCGCUGAGUAGGUUUUUGUUCCGGGCCCGUCGUCCGCCAUCUUGUGUCAGUGCGGGUCGAAGGAGGAGGAGGAAUAGGAAGAGGCAGCGCGGAGCGGAGCGGUGACUCGGCAGCAGCGGCGGCCGCGGCGGGGCCUGACACAGCCUCAUUGAUGUCCAGCUCGCCGUUGUCCAAGAAGCGUCGCUUGUCUGAAUCGGAGACCAAGACGGGUUCAAACUGCUCCUCUGGAAAAUCCGUACAGACUGAUCUGCGUGAAGCGCCUGCCAACGGUAUGGCCAAGAAUGGAAGUGAAGCAGACAUUGAUGAGGGUCUGUACUCAAGGCAGCUAUAUGUGUUGGGUCAUGAGGCCAUGAAACGAAUGCAAAAUGCCAACAUUCUGGUAUCCGGCUUGCGAGGACUGGGUGUGGAGAUUGCCAAGAACAUCAUCUUGGGUGGAGUCAAGUCUGUCACAAUCCAUGAUCAAGGUGUGGCUGAGUGGUCUGACCUCUCUUCCCAGUUUUACCUACGUGAGGAAGACCUGGGAAAGAAUCGUGCUGAAGUAUCCCAGCCACGACUGGCAGAGCUCAACUCCUAUGUGCCUGUUACUGCCUACACAGGGCCUCUCAGUGAAGACUUCUUGAACAGCUUUCAGGUGGUUGUGCUCACAAAUUGUUCUUUGGAGGAACAACUGCGUAUUGGCGACUUCUGCCACAGUCAGGCCAUCAAGCUGGUAGUAGCCGAUACCAAGGGACUCUUUGGCCAGUUGUUCUGUGACUUUGGUGAUGACAUGGUGGUGACAGACAUUAAUGGGGAACAGCCACUCAGUGCGAUGGUUUCCAUGAUUACCAAGGGUUGCCCUGGGGAAGUAACCUGUCUAGAUGAGGCUCGGCAUGGCUUUGAGAGUGGGGAUUUUGUUUCCUUCACUGAAGUUGAGGGCAUGACUGAGCUCAACAGCUGUGAAGCCAUGGAAAUCAAAGUGCUUGGUCCCUACACGUUCAGCAUUGGUGAUACCUCCAACUUUUCAGACUAUGUACGUGGCGGUAUUGUCACCCAGGUCAAGAUGCCAAAGAAGAUUAGCUUUAAAUCUCUGCGCUCAUCCCUGCCUGAGCCAGAAUUCAUUAUAACUGACUUUGGCAAAUUUGACCGACCAGCCCAGGUGCACUUAGGAUUCCAGGGUUUACACGAAUUCCACAAGAAGCAUGGACGUUUUCCCAAGCCCCGCAAUCAGGCAGAUGCUAGCGAGGUGAUAGCUUUGGUCAAGGAUUUGAAUGAGCAAGCGGCGCCCCCACUCAAACAAGAACAGCUGAAUGAGGACAUAAUCAAAGAACUGGCCUUUCAAGCUACUGGUGACCUGGCACCUGUUAAUGCCUUCAUUGGAGGAUUGGCUGCCCAAGAAGUCAUGAAGGCCUGUUCCGGUAAAUUCAUGCCCAUCACUCAGUGGCUCUAUUUCGAUGCACUGGAAUGUCUGCCUGAGGAAAACAAGGAUGCUCUGACUGAAGAGAACUGCAGCCCUAAACAUUGUCGCUAUGAUGGACAAAUUGCUGUCUUUGGCAGUGACCUACAGGCCAAGUUGGGACAGCAGAAGUACUUCCUGGUUGGUGCUGGUGCCAUUGGCUGUGAGCUGCUGAAGAACUUUGCAAUGAUUGGUCUAGGGUGUGGGCAGGGUGGAGAGGUGGUUGUGACUGACAUGGACACAAUUGAGAAAUCGAACUUGAACCGGCAGUUCCUCUUUCGACCUUGGGACGUUACGAAAAUGAAAUCGGACACAGCAGCAGCAGCUGUGAAAGACAUGAACCCGAACAUCCACAUUACAAGUCACCAAGACCGUGUUGGCCCGGAUACUGAGCGUGUUUAUGAUGAUGACUUCUUUGAAAGCCUUGACGGAGUGGCAAACGCACUGGACAAUGUGGAUGCUAGGAUGUACAUGGACCGCCGCUGUGUGUAUUACCGUAAGCCCCUGCUGGAAUCAGGGACAUUGGGGACCAAAGGGAACAUCCAGGUGGUGAUCCCCUUCCUUACAGAGUCCUACAGCUCCAGCCAAGACCCACCAGAAAAAUCCAUCCCAAUCUGCACUCUCAAGAACUUUCCCAAUGCCAUUGAGCACACUCUGCAGUGGGCCCGUGAUGAAUUUGAAGGCCUUUUCAAACAACCUGCAGAGAAUGUCAACCAGUACAUCACAGACUCCAAGUUCAUGGAACGGACCCAAAAGCUGCCAGGCACUCAGCCUUUGGAAGUGUUGGAAGCUGUCUACAAGAGUUUGGUGACUGAUAGACCUAAGUCGUGGGCUGACUGUGUGGCCUGGGCCUGCAAUCACUGGCACACCCAAUACAGUAACAAUAUUCGUCAGCUGCUGCACAACUUUCCCCCAAACCAGAAAACUAAUUCAGGGACCCUCUUCUGGUCAGGUCCGAAGCGAUGCCCUCACCCACUCACCUUUGAUAUCAACAAUCCCUUGCACAUGGAUUAUGUAGUGGCAGCUGCAAACUUGUUUGCACAAACAUAUGGCAUCACAGGUACUAGAGACAGAGCAGCUAUAGGAGAGCUCCUUCGACAAGUACAGGUUCCAGAAUUCACUCCCAAGUCUGGUGUUCGUAUCCAUAUCUCUGACCAGGAGCUGCAAAAUGCCAACGCCUCAGUCGAUGACAGCCGACUGGAGGAGUUGAAAUCCUCACUUCCAAGUCCCCAGCAACUGCAAGACUUCAGGAUGUUUCCUGUUGAUUUUGAAAAGGACGAUGACACAAAUUUCCACAUGGAUUUCAUUGUGGCUGCAUCCAACUUGCGGGCAGAGAACUAUGAUAUUCCUCCUGCUGACCGGCAUAAGAGCAAGCUGAUUGCCGGGAAAAUCAUACCUGCUAUUGCCACAACGACAGCAGCUGUAGUAGGUUUGGUGUGUCUGGAGUUAUACAAAGUUAUACAGGGUCACAAACAACUGGAGUCGUACAAGAAUGGUUUCCUCAACCUGGCGUUGCCUUUCUUUGGUUUCUCUGAGCCUAUUUCUUGUCCCAAAAACAAGUAUUACAGCACUGAGUGGACUCUGUGGGACCGUUUUGAGGUGCAGGGUAUCCAACCUGAUGGGCAGGAGAUGACACUACGCGAGUUCUUAGCUUACUUCAAGAAGGAGCACAAGCUGGAGAUAACAAUGCUGUCCCAGGGUGUCUCCAUGCUUUAUUCAUUCUUUAUGCAGCCAGCCAAGCUGAAGGAGCGUCAUGACCAGGCGAUGACUGAGAUAGUCACCAGAGUUUCAAAGAAGAAGAUUGGUCGCCAUGUGAAAGCCUUGGUCUUUGAGUUGUGCUGCAAUGAUGACAGUGGGGAUGACACAGAGGUGCCCUAUGUGCGCUACACCAUCCGCUAGCCGUCUCCUUGCUAGCACCACCCACCUGCCUGCCACGGACUGUUAGUGUGGGGGGAGGGUCCGCCUCCCUGCCCCACCCAUCACCGUUAAAGUGACUCAAGACAUGAAUAACUUUUUGUACCCUUUUAGGACACCCUCCCCCCCGCUCCCUGGUUUUUGUGUUGAUCAGAGUGUGGGAAACCCUCUGCUGCUGUGACCCCUCCCUCUCUCCCUUUAGACCUUGCAGUUAUGUCAUGUUAUUGAGGCGCCUUAACCCCCCACCUCCCACCCUGCCCUUUUCAAGUUAAUGUUAGUCGUGUUGUGUUUUGGCUCCUGCACCACCACCUCCCUCUUCCUCCGUCAUUCACUGGUGCUGGGAGGAGGCUCUACCCUUUCUUGUCCUGUCCUGAGGAGGGGGAUAGUAGCAGGGAAUACUCCUUUAUCAUCUUCUGAGUACCUGGAGGCCUUGCCCUGGUUGGCUUGUGGGGAGGGGGAUGUGAGUGGGUGGAGAGCGUAGGUCAGAACUGGUAAGAGAAGUAAUUGAGUCAAUAAACAUUUGCAAAAGGCCGUGGUCCUUUAUUGUUUAACCGAGGAACAAGGGAAGGGUGGAGUGCUGUGUCCACGAUCUGAAACCUGGACAAAUGUAGAAAGGCCUGGAGGCCUUUGGCUGCUGCUAAGGAGAAAGAACUGAGUACUCUCCAGACUUCUUUACUCAACUCUCUGUUUGUCUUUAAACCAACACAAAACAGCCCUUGUUAAAGUCUCCCUCUAAGACAUAGGGGGAGACUGAAACAAGUGCUUUUCUGUGUUGGUGCAUGCAUGUAGUCCAGAUAACUGCUUGCCUCCUUUAUGUCCAUGCACUGUCCUAGACAGGACAUUUGGCCAAUCGUUAUUCAUUAUUGCUCGUUCUUUGACUUCACAACUGUCCAGUAACAUUAAAAAAGAACUUUUCACUAUA